UCACAAUGGCGUUUUUCUAAAGUAAUUCCUAUGAUUAACCUUUUUAUAUGUCAAGUCUUUCUAAUUAACCCAGGCUAAAACAACAAGACUAUUGACUCGAUGAAAUGUUGUCAUUACAUUAUUAAAAACCAAGGCAGUAAUUACAAUGUGGGUCAACAAAUGUUGACUGGGCAGUGAUGCUAUAUUCCUCAAACAGGAAUCUUACAAAUUCCUCAUACAUGAAUAGAGCGCUACAACAGAAUGAAUAAUAGCCUAAUAACCCAGACACAUAAAAAUCAAGAAUUUUAGCAGAAUACUCCAACUUAUUAAAAAAAAAAAAAAUGUUCAUGUUUAUUGAAUGCCUGUAAUGCCUUAGGCACUGACUAUUCAUUUCCAAAUUCUGCAGUGUCAGUUUAUGCUUUUUAGAAAUUAUUGCUAUUAUUCAUUUGUCCUUGUUGACCUAAUCUUAGACAUUUGAAUGGUUUAGAGCUGUAAUAUGGAUGUGUGAUGUUCAACAUUACUGUUAGUUAUGGGUUCUAACUUAAAUAAAUAAAUAACAAAAAAUUAAAACAGUGUCAACAGGCCAAUCUAAUUUCUAGUUAUUAUGCUACGUGGUGCUCUACAAAAAUGAAAUAAUAUAAAAUAAAAAAAAUUAUACAAUCAGAAAUUUUAUAAAAAAAAAGUGAAACUAGCAUGAAAAUCCCAUGACAGAAAAACUACUGCAUGAUAAAAACAUAGAAAUUAAAACAUACAUACUUGUAAUUAACAGAGCGCAAAACAAUGACAUAUUAAACAAAAACUAGAUACAUUUUAAUAUACUGUAUAUAUGUAUGAAAAAAAUAUUUACAAAACUGAUAUCAUAUCAGAAAAUAUAAAACAGAGCACAGGUGUGGCAGAGUUUCUAUGGUAACAGGGUAGCCAAUCAACACAGAAGUCAACUGCUCUGUGCACAGUUACCAGGGCAACAGGUAAACAAAAAGCUCAGAGACAGAGGAGAGAACAUGUCAGCAAGAGGAAAAGAAAGAGCAGAGGAGGAGAACAAGGAGGUUUCCUCAGAGGAGGAGGAGGAGAAGAGGAGUGUUGAGGAGGACUUUGAGGAGGCAAUAAGGGAGGCUGCCUCCUCCACUGCUUCCAGAAGAAAACCUGGACCAUCCAGACAGCAAAUCAUCCCCAAAAUCCCAGAGGCAGUGGAUGACUUCCUGAGAAACUUCCUCCGGAGGGUCAGCCUGAGACAGACUCUCAACAGCUUUGAGGCAGAGUGGUACAGCUCAGCGCAGAAAUUCCUGACACAUACUCUGAGGAUGGGGUCGAUGGGCGUCUUGUUCAUUCCUGAUGCUCUAACACAUAGAAAGCUCCUCCAGAGUGAGCUGGAGACAGCCCGCCGAGAGACAGACCUGCUCAGGCAGGAUGUGCUGGUGUUGGGGGACAGCCUGGUGAGGAUGCAGAGGGAGAGGGAUUUCCACCGGCUACAGUACCAACGAGUCGCUGAGGACAAAAACAGGCUGAUUGAGGACUUCAAACAACUGAAGAAACACCUUGAGUCCUACAAGCCAACACUAAGGCAGCUGGAGGACAAGUAUCAAGCAGCUCUGAGGCAGAAAAUGUUAAUCAGUUUAGAAAAGGACCGAGUUCAAAACAUUAUAAACCCAAGACAGAAUCAGGAAAUAUCCCAAAAAAUGAAAGACCGAAGCAUGAAAAGGAGCCACAGCACUGACACAUUAUCAGCUAAAAGCACCAUAAGCAGACAUCCCAAGGACACAGAGUUUCCUGUCUACAGUAGGCUGGUGAACCUGGAUCAGGUGAAAUUUCAAAAAUGGAAGAGACCAAGUGCCUUCAGCCUGUCCUACUCCAUCAGAGCCCACAAGCUUCCCAUCAGCUGCAUUGACCUCCAUCCACAAAAGCUGAUCCUCGCUACUGCCAGUGAUGACUGCAGCUGGAGGCUGUGGGUGCUGCAGGCCAAUGGAGAGAAGGUUGGUCAGAUGGUAAUGACAGGCGAGGGUCACUCUGAUUGGCUGUCGGGCUGCAGCUUUCACCCUGACGGAGCAAAACUGGCAACAACUAGUGGAGACUCUACAGUGCGGCUCUGGGAUUUCUCCCGUGGCUGCUGUGUGUUGACGCUGCCUGGUCACACCCAGCCCACCUGGGGCUGCUCCUUCCACUCCUGUGGUCAUUUCCUGGCUUCCUGCUCUGCUGACAGAACUGCCAAGCUGUGGGACCUGAACAGCCAGCGCUGCCGCCUCACACUGCGUCGCCACACUGCCUCUGUCAACAGCGUCUGCUUCCUGCCCCUCUCCAACCUCCUCCUCACCUGCUCCGCUGACAAAACCCUUGCCAUGUGGGAUGCCAGACUGGGUGUCUGCACCACAACCUUCCAUGGACACCAGCAUCCCUGCAACCAUGCCACUUUCAGCUCGGCAAGCAGCAUCCUGGCCUCCUGUGACUCCCGUGGCAACAUCAACCUGUGGGACAACAGGAAUCCUGCGUUGGCACUGGCCACAGUAGAUACUGGGCCGCUGGCUGCUAACCAGGUGGCGUUCAGUCCGUCAGGGAAGAUGCUGGCUGCCGCUAGCUCUGACAGUCUGGUCAGAGUGGUGGAGGUGGAUUCUGGCGUGGUGAGCAGCCUGGAGGGACACAGUGAUGGUGUGCAGAGCGUGAGGUUCGACCACAAAGGAGAGACUGUGAUGGCAGCAGGGAGUGAUGGGAUGAUUAACGUCUGGGCAUGACUGAAAGAAAAAGAAAAACUGAAGUGAAACCAGCUGAUGAUCACAUUUUAAAAUGUUGCUUCCUUGUGGCAAUCAUGAAGUUCCCUCACACAAAUUGUUGACACCAGUACAGAUACAACACCUUUUAGAGUUUUAGAAUCUAUACCAACAUGAUUCUUUAUUGAUGGCUUACUCUGGGAAAUAAACAUUUUCUCAAAGAACAUUUACCUUGAACACCUUUCAUUUAAUACCAUUUUAACAACAGAGUAAUAAUAUAUUAAGUCUAGAAAAAUCAUGAAUGCUUUUCAAAAUUUGUCUCUCCUCUCUGCACCUCGUCUACAUCAUUGAGGUAACUGUGCCCUGGGAGGAUGCUGUGGAGGAGGCCUAUGAGCACAAGAGCCUUAACUACGCUGAGCCUGUAGCUGACACUGAGCAAUGCGGCUGGAAAGCAAAGGUUUGCCCAGUUAAAGUGGGCUACAGAGGCUCGGUAGGCAAGGCAAAUACCAGGCUGCAUAAAGACAUGGGAAUUCGAGGCCAAGCCCAACGUCAGGCCAUCAAAGCCCUCUCUGGUGCAGCUGAGCAAGCCAGUGGCUAUUAAUUAGGAGAGACACCACUUGGGCCCUGAAAUACCACUAACAAAUCAGAGUUCAAGGGAAUAAAAGCAGAAUGACGAGCCCUCUGGGGUGUUGUGGGCCUAUCAUCAAAACACCAGUGAAACCCCCACCCUCAGCAUGGCUCCAACUAUCACUCACAAUCGCAAAUAUGUGUAGCAACAAUCAACCAGUUAAACUCCAUCUCAAUUAAAGUUAAGCACUUUUUUCUCCUGUUAGUUUCCUCUCUCUCUUCCCUCAUCAAAGUGAGGAAGUAGGGGGAGAUAGAAUAAAUGCCCACAGAGACAACAGGGGAGAGUUCUGUUCAGAGACAUCUCUUCUUGGCUCUGCCUUCCCUAUGCUCUUUCCUAUUUUUCUAUCUACCUAUGCUCUUUUCUUACUUUUCUAUCCAUCUAACCCUUUGGCUCCAACUCGGACCCCCUACGGCACUUUCACUCCCACUUACAGUCUCAAGUACUGUAUGUGCAUCAAGGGAUUGUAACAUCUAGUCCUAAACCAAACUGUAUUUGUUCAAACAACUUUGUUGGAAGUUGUUCUGUUGAUGUCUGUAUAUUUCAUACUGCAAUUCAGUUUUUGUUGACUACUGUGUAGUUUUUGCACACCAACAAAGUUAUCUUUGGUGUCAUUUUUUCCAACUGGCACUCAGUAACGUAACGACAGCUCUUCACAGUUCUCUCUUGCAGCUUUCUUGGAUGCUGUCAGAUUGGUUUAAACAAAGUGGAUUAUCUUGGUGUCAAUUUGCUGGAAAUGAAAAGUGUUAAGGUUAGUAGAAAAUGUAUUGAUUCGUGGCACACUUUUUAAAUAACUGACUUUUUAAUCUUUGAGCAUAGGGGGAAGGUAUCAAAUAUUUUCAAGCCAAAAGGCUCAAGUCCAAAUGAAAUCAUGAGUUAUUGGUGUUAAAGUCCAAUGGAGUCUCAUUUGUUUUUCUCAAAUUGGGGCUAAAAUUGUCAAAUUUGUGACCUGAGUCCAAACCUCUGCUGAUGUGUACUACUGUCACAAGAGACAGAGCCUUCACUUUUCAUACAUUAUAAAAAUAUGUGGUUAUGGACACUUAAAGGGCAGUCCACAGACUUCACGCCUGAAGUUCAGUUUGCUGAUCAUGGUUAGUACUCCUUGAGGAGCUUUGUCAAGAAAAUAAACAUAACCUUGAUGUCAUUAGGGUUAUCUAGAAGAUGUCAAAUUAAUAACUAAAAUACUGCAUUACAAACUAGGAGUAUUUUCUUAUAAAGCAGGGAGCGUCUAACAAAACAAUGCUAUGGAGGGAAAUUAAAAAAUGUAGAAUCCAGUGUUUUUAGAGCAUGACUCAUACAGGACCUAACAGUCAAGAUAUUUCGGCUCCUGCUGCUUAUAUUUUGUCUAAAAACUGUCCUUCACAAGGCUCCUAACUUCAUGGAAACCAGUCACAGGAGAUUAAUGUCCUCU